AUGUCGGUGAAGGUGAGGUUCCUCUCCUCUGGGGAUGUCGGGACCAUGGGCAGGAGCUCCUCCUUUGCCGGGUUCAGCAGCGUGCAAAGCAGGAGGAUUUCGAAGUCUGUCAACAGAAACUCGAUGAGAUCAAAAAUGCCCAUGAAGUCCUCCAAGGUGUAUGCUACAUGGCGUAAGGGGGCCCCGUGCCUGGACCCCAAGCCUCAGCAAGUGAAGAGGAUAUUCGAAGCCUUGAAAAAAGGCCUUAAGGAAUAUCUCUGUGUCCAGAAGGCUGAGCUGGACUACUUAUCUGGCUGUCACAAAGACAUGAGAAGAAACUCCAGACUGGCAUUCUACUAUGACUUGGAUAAGCAAACGCGCUCGGUGGAAAGGCAUAUUCGGAAGAUGGAAUUCCACAUCAGCAAGGUGGAAGAGCUCUAUGAAGAUUACUGUAUCCAGUGUCGGCUGCGAGAUGGUGCCUCCAACAUGCGCCAGGCCUUUUCUCUGUCCCCUUUGACAAAGGCUUCCCGGGAGAGUCUGGUGGAGCUGUACCGAAACCUCCAGGAGUGUACUGAGGACAUGUGUUUGAUUGAAGGGGCCCUGGAAGUGCACCUGGGGGAGUUUCACGUCAAGAUGAAAGGGCUGGUGGGCUAUGCACGGCUAUGUCCAGGAGAUCAAUAUGAGGUAUUUCUCCGCCUGGGUCGCCAGAGGUGGAAGCUUAAAGGCAAGAUUGAGACCGAUGACAGCCAGACCUGGGAUGAGGAAGAGAAGGUGUUCAUCCCCACCCUCCAUGAGCACUUUGAAAUCAAGGUCAUGGAGCUUCGAGGUCUGUCUACACUGCUGGUUGGUACAGUGACCUGUGACCUUGAGGACUUCUUCACUGCUCGGCCGCAGACCAUCGUUGUGGACAUCACAGAACUGGGGACCAUUAAGUUACAGCUGGAAGUUACCUGGAACCCAUUGGACACAGAGAGCUUCUUGGUGUCCCCUGGAAUCAGCAAGUUUUCUGUGGGCAGCAGAAAAGGCUCCUUGUAUAACUGGACACCUCCGAAUACCCCCAGCUUCAGGGAAAAGUAUUAUCUUUCUCUUUUCCAGCAGCCGCAGCACGGGCCAGAGGGCCGGAGGAAUAGCCCACCCACUCACUCUUUGUUGAGCUACACGUCUGAUAGUGACUUGGGUGUGCAUCUUCGCGGGAAGAGCGCCGAGCAGCCCGACAUGACCGAGGUGGAUUCUUUCAGCUCGGACGACCCCAGAGAGACGGAGACGGGGACCUCAGCUUCCACCUCAGAUGCAGGGUUCCCACUCUUCGUUCCUUGUCCCGAUGCUUCCAGAGAAGAGGAGCAACGGGAACCCUCGGCUCCGAGCUCGGAUGGGGCGUCCCCGAAGACAUCUCAAAGGGCUGGGGACUGGCAUGCGGUGGGGCCUAGCCCGCUGAACUUUGGUGCCAGUGACCAAACGAAGCUGCUCCGACCCAGCCUGCAGCAAGGCUCAUUGCUCCAGGAGGGCGUGGUGUUUGACAGCCAGCAGAAUCUGGGGGAGCUGGGAAAAGUGAAGCCCGAGGAACCCACGGAUGGCACGAGCCAGUCUGUGGAGAAACUCCUGCAGGAGGUUUUAGAUCUGCUUAAAUUGGUGAACCUUAGGCAGACGCAGCUCCGGGAACUAGAGUACCAGGUGCUCUGCUUCAGGGAUCGAUUAAAGCCCAAGGUCACUAACCAGGAACAUUCAUCCAUGGAGAGUUUGAUGGAGACCAUAUUGGAAAGUUUUGACUUUUUAAAUGCUGACUUCAACUCAGAUGAGCUUUCCCUAUUUGGCAGUGGCCAGGCCCACAGCGUAAAUAAUGAUGGCACUUCUCAGUCUCUGAAAGCAUCAACCAAAGAACUCACAGCAGGAACUCAUGAGCUAGACGUGCUUUUGGUGGUUCAUCUUCAUGUCUGCAAAGCUCUUUUACAGAAACUGAUGCGCCCCAACUUGUCAAGACUGGUCCAGGAGAGCCUUCUGGAAGAAGUGUCACAGCAAAAAGAGGUUCUGGAGAAGCUGUCCGUUCUCGAUGUGGAGAAGGUCAGGAACGCUACGUCUGCUGAUGAGCUUAUUCCCCAAGCCAAGAAGAAGAAGCGGUAUCUGAAGAUGUGGAGUGAAUGCACCGAGCCAGGAGGGCUCCUAUUCUGCUCAGCAAAAAAAUUCCAAAAUCAACUGAAAAAAAUGUUUCUGCACAAAAUUAAAGGGAAAUAUCCUGGACAACUUGAGAUAGUGUGUCAUAGGUUGCUGGAGCAGGUGGUCAGCUGUAGUGGGCUGAUCUCCUCGGUGGGCCUCUCAGAAGAACUCAUCACUUGGUUCCAGUUUCAGAGAUACUUGGAAAAGCAGAAUGUUACCGAUCUGGAGAAACACUUUGCCCAACUCACCAAAGAAGUCACACUCCUUGAAGACCUACAGUGUGCAGGACGGCUGAAGAAGAUAAAAAAGCUCAAGGGAAAGAGAUUGGGACAGCUUCAGCCACUGCCCCAGACCUUGAAGACAUGGGCCCUGCUGCAGCUAGAUGAGAACCACCGGGUACAGAAGGCAGCCACUGCUCGUCUCUCUGAUGCGGCUGGAAACAGGAGCUUUCGGGAAAAGGCACUUCUUUUCUACACCAGUAGUCUCUCAGACAGUGAUGCAAAACUUCAACAAGCAUCAUGUUUGGCUCUAAAGCAUCUCAAAGGAAUGGAAAGUAUUGAUCAGAUUGCAAGUUUAUGUCAGUCUGACUUGGAAGAUGUGAGGACGGCAGCCCGGGAGACAACACUAUCAUUUGGUGAAAAAGGACGUUUGGCUUUUGAGAAAAUGGAUAGAAUUUGCUCUGAAGUCAGAGAAAACUUAUGCCAGGAGGCGGAUAUUGAAAUUACAGUAUUUUAAAUAGCCCCAUAGGCUGAGCCCAGAUUCUGAAUCUGUUCUUCCACUACCCUGUCAUGUGAAGAUUGAGUAUUGGCACUGGUGGGCAAUUGGCAUCUGGUUGUUGCAGCACAAACUCAUUAAAGGAAGAGUCUGGGAAUGUACACUUCUGCUUCUUGGAGGAAUAUGGCCUGUGACAAACAAAAACUAAAGCCCAAGAGAUUAUAUUUUGACCAGGAAUAGAGAAAAAUCAGGGGACAGAUAAGGUCCACACCCUUUGGUAAAGAUCCUGAAUGACCUUUUCCAGAGUCUCUCUUGGCUUGAAACUGCAAAAGAUGCCUCUGACCCAGCUACAGCAAAGCCAAAGCCCCAAACUCCCAGACCAGAAGGGAAGUACAGUAAAAAGCUGAGGCAAUGGUGGCGAAUCAUUAAGUGCUGAGGUUAAAGUCUUUCAAGUCUGAUUUACUAAUGAAGGGGGAAGAACAUAGUUCAUGGAGAAGGGUAGUCAUCUUGACCCCUUGACAAGCAAAGGGGUAGGAGAGAUAGGGUAUAUAUGUCUUGUUACAAAUGAUAUGGUAGAAAUUGCUGUCUUGACAGAGCAAUCUAAGAUUGAAAAAGAGAAAAUAAUUUCCAAAUAUGUUUGACUGCUUUCUUUUAUGCUGAAGUGCUGAAGUAGAAUCUUGACUGCAAUAGGUAUAUAGAUGAUUUCUGAAGCACAUUUUUGCCAUAUUCAGUUAUACCAUUAAGGAUACAAGGCUAAAAGGAGGGGAAAACAAUCACCAAGGGAAACCUUGAGCAUACAGUUCCAGCAGGGGUCAGCCAGGCUAUUAGUUAAAUUGGUUUUGAACCCACAAGGUUCAAGGUAGCAUAGGCUUCUUGAAGAAAGACACAUAGAAAGCUUUUCCUACUGAAAAAAUCCCCCCCCCCCACAACUCAAAUAGAUAUGAAGAUAUGAUGCCUGUGACUAAUAUGUAUUUGAUAAAUGUCUACGAGGAACAUUAGUCCUUGGAAAGCUCCAUAACAGAAGCGUUAGGAAACCUCAGUUAAUCUCACUGUA